UUCCUGAUACAGGGUCAACAACAUGGCGCUGUCCUGGAGGAUGCAUAACGUGGUCUUUCAUAAACAACUGUCUUUAAGUUUAUGCUAGUUUUGUCAUGUUUACAGUUCAUUAACUAGUCUUCGCCAAUUGCUUGCUACAUCGAUAUAGAUAUCACUUCUUGAUAACGUCACGUAUUUACUAACAUCUCUUUGAAUAACGAGAUACUCGUAGUCAUGUCGGGGACAAACGUAUGGACCCGGAGUCGUGACAGAAUGCGAAGGUUCCCUGAGCUGUUUGCUCAGUGUGCAGCAGAGGCAGCAGCCUAUGGGAAGUGUGUAUCCUCCACGACCACAGCAGGCAGACAAGAACUUAGGAAGGAUAUGUGUGUGAAGGAGUUUGAGGCACUAAAGACAUGUUUCAUAUCUGCCGCAAAGAAGGGGGUGAAGUAGCUGCUCCAGUGUCCUACCUUGAAUCUUGUGUAGAAACAUUGAGUUGCAAUUGUGUUCCAGUCCCAUAUGAAGGGGUUGUCGCAAUUAUCAUCACCAGGCAGGAGCCAAGAUGGCUGCUCCGUUUCUUGUCAAGUCUCAUAAAUCAGAAGUUCACAAUGGAAGGGCAGAGAAGCCUGGUUCUUUCUGCUGUGACAUGUUGGGUGCACCACUGUCUGUCCAGUGGGGAGAUGGGCAUUCAAACCUUGGCAAGGACUGAGACAGUGGUGACUUAUCAACCAUCUGCUGCUGACACAUUAUUGUCUUGCAUACAUUGUCCCCUUAUUUCAGUCAGUAUGCAGCACGCUUGUUCACCAAUGUGGCAUUUUUGUAAUGUACUAGUUUUUAAUAAAUUCCUAUUUUUAUUUUGUGUUAGUGUAAACAAAUCAAGAUCACAAUUUCAA